AGGAGUCGUUCAAAACUAGCGCCAAAAACCGACCAUGGCGGCAUCCUUUUCUGCUCACUCCUCGAGAUUCCUCUCGCCUUCUGUACUUCAACCCUCCUCUCUUUCUCUCUCCCUCCUCCAUAGCUGCAAUCUUCUCUCUCUCUCUCUCUCAUGGCAACGGUACUGAGACUAGCUCCACUGCCAUCGGCAAGAACCAACUAUUUCCCCUCCUCGCCCGCCCCUUUCGUCUCUCCUCCCAAGACCCUCCAUGCUUCUUCCCGGAAGCUCAAUCAAGCGACCCGAGUCAGCAAGUUCGGUAGCUUCCUCGAGCUGAAACCCGAAUCGACCCCCCAACUUUUGGAAGGGUUCGAUUCCGACCUCCCAUGGCUGGCCUCCGGCGACCGGCGUCGCUUCGACGUGAUCGUCAUCGGUGCCGGCCCGGCGGGGCUGCGGCUUGCGGAGCAAGUCGCUCGAUUCGGAAUCCGGGUAUGUUGCGUUGAUCCUUCCCCUCUUUCCGUGUGGCCUAACAAUUAUGGGGUCUGGGUUGACGAGUUCGAGGGGUUGGGGCUCGUGGAUUGCUUGGACAAGACGUGGCCCAUGGCUUGUGUCGUCAUUAAUGACGGGAAGACCAAGUAUUUGGACCGGCCUUAUGGUCGCGUCAGUCGGGAGAAAUUGAAGACGAGGCUGAUUGAAGGGUGUGUCUCCGCUGGGGCUAGAUUCCACAAGGCCAAGGUGUGGAAAGUGGAGCACGAGGAGUUCCGAUCAUCUGUUGUCUGCAGUGAUGGCAUCGAGCUGAAAGCGAGCUUGAUCGUCGAUGCGAGCGGCUUUGGGAGUCCUUUCAUCGAGUAUGAUAAGCCGAGGAACCACGGGUAUCAGAUUGCUCAUGGGAUUUUGGCCGAAGUAGAUGAACACCCUUUUGAUUUAGACAAGAUGAUGCUUAUGGAUUGGAGAGAUUCCCAUCUCGGGAAUGAGCCUUACUUGAGAGCCAACAACUCAAGACUCCCUACUUUCUUAUACGUGAUGCCCUUCGAUUCGAACUUAAUAUUUCUGGAAGAGACUUCAUUAGUGAGCAGACCGGUGCUAGCCUACUCUGAGGUCAAGCUAAGAAUGGUGGCGAGGUUAAGGUAUUUGGGGAUUCGGGUCAGAAGAGUGUUAGAGGAUGAGAAAUGCUUGAUCCCCAUGGGAGGUCCUCUCCCGCGAAUCCCACAGAGCGUGAUGGCUAUUGGCGGUACGUCCGGGAUCGUCCACCCGUCAACUGGGUACCAGGUGGCUCGGACACUAGCUUUAGCGCCGGUUCUUGCUGAGACAAUUGCAGAGUGUCUUGGCUCAACCCGGAUGAUCAGAGGAAGGCCACUUCACCAAAGAGCGUGGAAUGGCCUGUGGCCAGUUGACAGAAGGUGCGCUAGAGAGUUUUACAACUUUGGAAUGGAGACUUUGUUGAAGCUCGACUUAGACGGGACUCGGAGGUUCUUUGAUGCAUUCUUUGAUUUGAACCCGUAUUACUGGCAAGGUUUUCUCUCCUCAAGGUUGUCCUUUGGGGAGCUUGCCAUGUUGAGUUUAUCCCUGUUUGGACAUGCCUCCAGCCCAUCCAGGUUUGACAUCAUAACGAAGUGUCCUGCUCCUUUGGUUAAAAUGGUGGGUAAUCUAGCUCUUGAAACAAUAUAAGGACAGAGGAUCGACGCAAAUUUAUGAAACUUCUUGUUGGAGGUGAGGCAAUGGGCUUAUCUAGACUUUGUGCCAAGUAUCGCAUCAGAUAAUCUUCUUGUUUUUGUAUUUACUGCUCGAUAAGAUUAAGAUCAGUUUUAAUAUUGUCCUUGUUAGUUACACGUUACAUGUCAAGCUUUGAAAUUGGAGUUAAUGUUUGUU